AUGGGCCGUGCAGGGUCCACAGCAACAGAUUAUAUGAUAGGUACUGCGUGGAGGGAAAUUAAAGUCGCAAAGGCUGGUCUGAGGAAUUCCUUGAUGCCUGAAGGUCUUUUCUACGGAGCCAGACAAUACCAGCCUACCCUAUCUAAAAAGCUCUCCGCAUUGGAAGGCUAUCUAAAGAAUAUAUUCAUGGACCCUGAAGAGCCAGCCCGGAUUGUGGGAAUUAUUAACUGGCGGUCCGUCAGUGCAUGUCCGCUGUUCAUGCCAGUCAGCCGUCCUGCAUUUCUCGAUUACAAUGGUCCGGUCCCUGAUACCGAUGUGAUUGCGGGAUUAAUUUUGAUGGACUAUGAGCCGCUGCUGAGCAGUCUCUUGAGAGAUGUGAAAAAAGAAUGGGCAUCUAUACUGGGCGUGAAAGGCGACGGGUCGCCCUUCCCAUUGCAGUUCUCGGACGCAGAAAUCUGUCAGCAGGAAGAGGACGGCGAUCUGUGGGCUCAAGGUGUUGAGCUCAUGGGUGCGUUUCUUAACGACACUGGGUGCUUCAAACAUUGGGAUGGUAAGGUUAGCGAUGUGGAUUAUGAACAGUCUAAGAAACAGCUGGAUGAGGGGGUACAGAGACAGAGAUCCCUAGACCGUGAAGCCAGGAAUCAGGAAGAGCGUGGACAAUGGCUCGAAGCCCUACCAUUUGUCGAUUGA